UACGGGUGCUCCAGACUCUCACGGCCUUGGCCUUGCUCGGAGACGAUGACUGCAACACGCUGCAUCUUGGCUUUGUUGCUCUGCCUCACGCAGGCCAUUUCUGACGGCGAGGGCACACCCAUUAAAGAAAUAGAGACUCUGAAGAAAUAUUUUAACUCCACUAGCUCUGAUGUCGGUGAAGGAGGGGAUCUCCUCUUUGAGAUCUUGAAGAACUGGCAAGAGGAUGGUGACACAAAACUCAUCGAGAGCCAGAUUAUCGCCUUCUACUUCAAACUCUUUGAAGCCUUGAAGGACCACGAGGCCAUCCAGGACAGCAUGAACACCAUCAAGGCAGAUCUGAUCUCUAACUUCUUCAACAACAGCGAGGCAAAAGUGAAUGACUUCGAGAAGAUCGCUAAGAUUCCGGUAGAUGACCCGCAGGUCCAACGCAAAGCUGUCAAUGAACUCAUGAAAGUGAUGCACCGACUGUCGCCGAAAUCGAGCCUGAGGAAGCGGAAAAGGAGCCGCUGCUGUUUCGGGGUUGGAAAUCGGCCCAAUAAGAACAAUCCUGCCAGCGCUGUUUGAAUUAUAAAUCUAAACCUAUUUAUUAAUAUUUAAAGUUAUUUAUAUGGAAAGUAUAUUUUUAAGACUUAUCAACUAGAAAAGUAUUUAUGAUAGCAACUUUUAUGUGAUGAAAAUGGAUUUCUAUUGAUUAAUAUAUAAGUUAUUUAUAAUUUCUCUAUCCUCAACUCUCUCACUUGACCAUUUGUUCUCCCUGAAUAAUUAACAAAGACUGUGUGAUUGAAAGGUUGUAUCCCAGGGGCCAGUUAGCCAGUUGACUGAAGCUGGACUGUAGGUGGUACACUUAUGUACAGUUGAAAUGACGCCGUGAGGUGCUGCGGACUGAGAGCUUGUCUACACUCUGAGCCCGUCCUUCACAGCAGACAGACAGCGCUUCAACAUGUCAGGAAGUGCAAACUGUCCCCUGAGGAAAGCCAUUUCUCCCACCUGGUGCUUCUGAA